AUGAAGAGUUUCAUUUGUGUAGCUGUUUUUUUGGCCCUAGUUGCUGUGUCCAGUGCCACCACUGUUAAAAACUGUGCUAAAACCAAGGCACGCCUAUUGGAGAAUGGCGAUGUUACCAUUUCAAAUUGUCCCAAAUCAAAGUGUACCCUGAAACGGAACACAGAACCCGAAAUUGAAAUUAAAAUCAUACCCAAUCGUGAUUUCAAAGAAUUAAAUUCGGACAUUCAAGGUAUUCUUUUGGAUGUGCCGUUGCCCUUCCCCGGUUAUUAUGGUACCAGUGCUUGUCCUCACAUCUACGAUGCAGAGGGUAAAAAUCAAGUAGGAUGCCCCCUGAAGGCUGGUGAAACAUAUAUCUACAAGAACAGCUUUAAAAUUCUGCCCAUUUAUCCAACUGUCAGUCUGACAAUUCACUGGGGUUUGGGUGACAAGGAGGGUGAUGCUGUUUGCUUUGAAAUACCAGCAAAAAUUAAAGCUUAAAGA